AUGAUUAGAAAUUUUUUGAGACCUGCACCGGUCAGACUGUUGCUUUCAAAGACCACGCGUUACGGUAAGGUUGGACUUCCUCCGCUGCGCUCUUUUGCUUCUCAAGGUUCAUCUCCUCAACAGCCAAAAUCGAGAGGCAAAGUGCUACUCUUAUUGGGUGCGCUCGCUUUAGGCUCCACAAUUGCGUCCAUUUCAUACCAGAAAAAUUCGCCAGUUGAAUUCGUGGAGAAAAGUGAGUCAAAACAGUUGAAACAAAUCACUUCUGCCUUUUCAAAGAACGAUGUUUCUGUGAUUUUUGUCUUAGGUGGCCCAGGCGCUGGGAAAGGAACACAAUGCGCUAGACUUGUUCGCGACUAUGGAUUUGUACACCUUUCAGCUGGUGACCUUCUUCGUGAGGAGCAAAAUCGUGAAGGAUCGCAGUAUGGACAACUAAUCAAAGAUUACAUUAAGGAAGGACUUAUAGUCCCUCAAGAGAUUACCGUGGCACUUUUAAAGAAUGCCAUUGAAAGUAAUUUUGAAAACGGUAGAACCAAAUUUCUGGUGGAUGGAUUUCCAAGAAAGAUGGACCAAGCAAUCACUUUCGAAGAACAAAUUGUCCCCAGUAAGUUUACCUUAUUCUUCGACUGUCCAGAGAAAGUUAUGUUGGAAAGACUUUUGGAAAGAGGUAAAACAAGUGGUAGAUCUGACGACAAUAUCGAAUCUAUUAAAAAGAGGUUCAGAACUUUUAUAGAAACUAGCAUGCCAGUUGUUGAAAUGUUCGAGAAGCAAAACAAGGUUGUCAAGGUCAGCUGUAAUCAAACAGUUGAGGAAGUAUACCAACAAGUGAAGAAUGCAGUACAGGACAGAAUUGGUAAAUAA